AUGUCUCGCUCUCCAGAAGCCGGAGAUAAAGCGGACGUUCCUUUCGAAAAUUCCAAUUCUCGUACAUACAACCAAAUCGCCGCCACCCAUAUCCGUGAGCUCUCCGACAUCGACCGCGUGAGUACCUCUACCCUCACCCCUCCCCUGUCACCCCCGCAACUAACUCUCUCUCCCCACCAGCAAAUUCCCCAGAUCCUCUACAAAAGCGCCCAUUCUAUCUCCCUUCUCACCAACAAGCCCAUCUCCUCCUCCGACUCCCCUCCUGAUCCGUCCACCCGCGCGCAAACGAUCCACGACACCUCCUAUGACCUGUUCCUCCUCAUCAACCAAAUUCGCGGCCUACUCCACAAGCAAGUUGACGAGCUUCAAGCUGAGAAGGUCAUACCCGCAGAGGCAACGCGGUUUCUCCCCGCUCCGCAGCUGCGAGAUGAUGACGCGCGCGACAGAGCCAGGGAGGAACAAGAGAAACAAUCUAAGAUAACGAACGGAGGGAUGGGAAAUUUGACUGUUGCAGAAUUGAACGCGAGAGCCAGAGUGAGGCAGGGAGGAGAGGAUGAGGUGUAUAGCCGGUUACAGAACAUUCUGGACGAGCUCAAAAAGAGAGUUGAUAUCGAUACGGACGAAACGACCAUGGAAACCUGA